AUGAGCAAGGUCAAGAGCAAACAGUGGGCCGAAAAGUUGCAGCUGAAGGCGCAUAUGGGGCUAGACCAGACGACCGAGGCGCUAAAACGGUGUUCCAGGACGCCCGAGAAGCGAUGCAGGCAUCGCGCAUGA